AUGGAGUAUCCGUGGGGUGCCCACACCGUGGCACCCCCUCCUCCGUCCUGCCAGGUCUUGAAUAAAGUAAAUUGUGCGAGCGCUGCGCCGGCCGCCUCUUCUUGCAGGUGGGGGGCAAGGAGGUGGCAGGCCAGCGGUGGCAGGGAUGCAUCCCCCUCCGCGGCCCCACGGGGUGACGGAGGCCUCGUCCCUUAUCUCGCAUUCCUACGGACAGGGUGCCUAAUUAUGGGCAUCUGGCGGUGGUGGCUGGCGGGCGGCUGGACCCUCCCCACGGCAGGGCCCCGGGGGGCGCGGGCAGCAGGCGCCAUGGCAGCGCGCAGCUCAGCCUCCACGUACCGCGCUGAGCUCCUCAGCGCCUACGGGCAGGGGCACGGCAAACCCCGCUUCGAGGGCGACCGGCGGCAUGGACCCUUUGGGGCACGGGCACAUGAGGCGUUUGGGUACCCAGAGUCCCCAGGUGCCAUGUACCCCUGCAGCCUGGGCACCUGGGUGCGUGCCCAGGGUGACACCUACCAAGUGGUGGCCGACGUCAGCCAGUUUGAGCCCCCUGACAUUGUGGUGACCACCUCCAACUGCCAUGUCGCCAUCCAGGCAGAAAAGGUGGCUGAGGAUGGCACCGUCUGUGACACCUUCACCCACAAGUGCCAGCUGCCUGAGGACACGGACCCGCUGUCGGUGAGCUGCACCCUCACCGAGACUGGCACGUUGGUCAUCACUGCCCGGCGCCGCGCCAGUGCCGGCCCUGGGCAGCCCCCACAGCUGCUGUACCGCAGUGAGGCCACGCUGUGAGUGACACUGGGUGACAAAAGGCUCCUUGCCCUGAGUGAUGCCAACCCCAGCACUGUGGUGAAGCUCAGAUGGUGCCCACAGCCUGUGCCCCUCUCCACCUCCAGCCCCUCAGUGCUCCAGCUCUGUUUAUAAAGUCCUUUUAUUAAAUUAAUAUAAAAAUC